GCGACCCAGUCUUCAGUCGAGUCAGCUGGCGUCAACCCACGCAAGCGUACGCUCAGUGAUUUCAUGGAGGAGCGCGAGCGCGAACGCGAACGAAACACGUCACGCAAACGCUCAACCAAGGCUGCGCGAAGGCCCUCGACUGGCUUCGGCUCAGUCCUCUCGUCUCGGGGUAUUCAUGCCAACGGCGCAGUCGACGCAGUCGAUAACAGCUCACGUUUGGCACCGCACACAGCUUCUGAUCCUGCUUGGGACAACACGUCGUCCCAUCAUGGUGCAUUCGCAGUAGUGCCUUCUACUUCCCCUCCACGACGGUCAUCGUCUAGCACGAACCCGUCGGCUCGACGAAAGCCAUAUGUCGUCCCCGACUGGGCACGAACCACCACGGCUACCCUUCCUCGCGCGGCAGACGGUUCCUUUCUCACCGGAGAGGGUGAGCCCUCGGAAACAUCUGCACGCAAACGUCCCUUCAAGAAGGAGAAAGAGAAAGCCACGGGCCCCAAACCUCGCAAGUCGCGCGCCACAACCUACAAAAAUCCUUCCGAGAGUAUCGAGGAACGCACCUUCCAUGGGCCCGCCACGCUGACCCCUCCGCGUACCGCCAGCAGUGGAAGUCCAAGUGCUCCUGCCGAUCCCCCACGCCCUGUCGUCGCCUCCUCUCCAGGGGCAUCGCUCUUCCCUAUGCCCUUCGCGCCAUCAUCUUCCCACAAUGUGCUUGCACCAUCUGACAACAUAGAGCCACCUUCAACUCCAAAUCGGCGACGAACGGUUGGUAGCAACCCCACGACCCCAGAGGAUGGCAUUGGCUCCCUGUUCACUCCAGAAUCGAACCGCGAUCCUCGGACCCCUCGGAAGCUCCCUAGUCUCUAUAGCGGAUUUAGCAUGUCUCCUACUCGUUCACUCGUUCGGCGUCAUCGUACUCCGUCUAAACGUUCUGGUCAGCCUACGAGCUCUCGAAGCGCUAGCUCGGUUCCUGAUGCCCCUUCAGCGGCUCAGCACGGUGGCAAUCAUGCAGAGCCGCCAUCCGACGAUCUUGACAUACCAUUGGACUCGAUCCCUAUCGCGAGCAGCGAUGGCGAGUUCGAUGUGGGCUCGCAAGAUGGUCCAUCCGAUUACCUCGACUUCGGUCAACCGAAGCGGCGGACGUUUGGACUGCCACCAUCGUCUCCAUUGCCCCCUUCCAGUCCCAUCCUAACCCCUUCUGACGCGGACGACUGGGACUCGGCUCAAGAACCAGACGAACAUCAACAUGAUGAGACCCAGAACGCGAUUUGCCUCCCUCAAUUCGAGAUCAGCACAACAGAAAACCCGGACGAAUGUGCCAGCCCCACUUCUGAACAAGAACUUCUCGCGCUGUUAUCGCAGCCACACUCGGAUAUGUUCUCGGACUCCGCGUUGGGGGCCAACUUCUUUGACGAUGAGUUCCUCACUUCAGUCACCUCCACGUCUUCGGGCCACGUCGCGGAUUCUGGUCAGGCGCAAUUCCUCCAGGGUCAAUCUUUACCAGUCGACGGCGACAACGGGUUCAUGUCUUCGUCAGCGCUCCCCGACUUCGGGUUCGACAACGCUUUUGACCCGGCACUCUAUGGAAGUACAGAAUUCUACGGCGCCGAGUCGGUAAACGACCACGAUGUAAAUGAGCUGUGGGCAUUUCUGGCGCCCGUUGCUGGUGACGGUCUCAUCCCUUUGGACAACCAAGGCGAGUUCCGAGCCACCGGCGGGAGCGACGCUCCCUUCUCCGAGAAAUAUGCGCCGUUGCCAGGGAGCGAGCAAGCGCAAUUCGCGAUCGACCCCCUCAAGAUGGCGGAGAGUAUUCAGGGCUUGUUGUCAGGGUGCGCGUUGUGAGAACGAAGUGCUCUCUUCUAAGGUUAUCCUCAUACAUUAUGCUCGACGCCCCGUGUGCCACGACGUCGCAUGUACUGUCGCCUUUUGGACCAUGUCAAUACGCUCUCGACGCAUUCACUGUAGUGUACAUAUAUGAUCCAUGUUGUUCCA